GCUCCACCCUCUGAGCCUCCAUAACGCUGCCCGCAGGCUUGCUGGAGUGUGUUAUGUUUGCGAAGGAGGAGAAAUAAGUCUGUGUUUUUGGCUGAUGGCGGCUGAAGCUCAGCCCCGACCCCCGCAGGCCAGGAAGCCCGUCCUGAUCAGCAGGAUCGACGGUUUCCAGGACGCAGUGAACACCGCUGUGAUCAUCCCUAAAGAGGACGGAGUGAUCAGCGUCUCUCAGGACAGGACGGUGCGUGUUUGGCUGAAGAGAGACAGUGGACAGUACUGGCCCAGUAUCUACCACACCAUGCCUGCUCCCUGUUCAUGCAUGUCUUUUAACCCUGAGACCCGAAGGCUUUCAGUUGGAAUGGACAAUGGAGUCAUUUCUGAGUUCACCGUCUCUGAGGACUACAAUAAGCUGACUCCAGCUCGCUCCUAUCAGGCUCAUCAGGGUGCAGUGACCGUGGUGUUGUUUGUGUUGGAGAUGGAGUGGGUCCUGAGCACAGGUCAGGAUAAGAGUUUCACCUGGCGUUGCUCAGAGAGCGGCCAUCAGUUAGGGACCUACAGGAUGGCUGCGUGGGUGACUGGACUACAGUUUGAUGUGGAGACCAGACAUGUGUUUGUAGGGGAUCAGUCGGGUCAGGUGACCAUUCUGAAACUGGAACAAGACAACUGCAGUCUGGUCACCACCUUCAAAGGCCACACGGGCAAUGUAACAGCCUUGUGUUGGGACCCUGUCCAGAGGGUGUUAUUUUCUGGAAGUUCAGAUCAUUCCAUCAUUAUGUGGGACAUCGGGGGUCGUAAAGGCACAGCCAUCGAACUGCAGGGACACAAUGACAAGGUACAAGGGUUGUGCUAUGCUCCACACACUCGUCAGCUUAUUUCCUGCGGAGCUGAUGGUGGAAUUGUUGUAUGGAACAUGGACGUCACACGACAAGAGACUCCUGAAUGGCUGGACAGUGACUCUUGUCAGAAAUGUGAGCAGCCGUUCUUCUGGAACUUUAAGCAGAUGUGGGACAGCAAAAAGAUCGGCCUGCGCCAGCAUCACUGCAGGAAAUGCGGCCAAGCCGUGUGUGGAAAGUGCUCAUCCCAGCGCUCCACCAUCCCCCUGAUGGGCUUCGAGUUCGCUGUGCGAGUGUGUGAUGAGUGCCACAAGUCCAUCACUGAUGAAGAGCGAGCACCCACAGCAACAUUCCAUGACAGUAAACAUACUGUUAUGUAUGUUCACUAUGAGCCGACCAGGAGCUGGUUGCUGACCUCCGGGACGGACAGGGUUAUCAAGCUAUGGGACAUGACACCUGUGGUGUCCUGAAGAUCACUACAGCACUCACUGCAGAGGAUGUACCGGUACACCAUGGAGAAACAAGGACCUUGACAGUGUAGCACUAACAGAGGGUGGAGAAGACGCCCAAGGCGUGGGUGUGUGUACAGGUGUAGUCAUGUUCUGGUGGGUCAGUCCUCACUGUUCUGUAAAUACUUGUACUAUUUGUGAACAUUACAAUGUCCUUGAAGAUUGUACUUUUUUUUUUUUUUUUUUUUUUACCCCACACAUUCUCAUGUUUUCAAAAAAGCUUGUAUUUGCACGUCUUUAUAUGUGGAGGAAAAAAAAAUCACAAAAAAAUAAACAAGGUGAUUUAUAGA